AUGCCAGAAGCCAUGGACCGGCUCGCCAUCCUCUGUCAUGUCAUGAUUUUGUGUUUCAAUCCAUCAGGAGCUACUCGACUCAUUACAGUGGACGCAUUUGAAGCGAGAGGUCAACGUGUGUGCAAGGCAGGUAACGGCAGGCCCUGUUACAAGCUGGCCUACUUCUCCGAGCUUCGUCGGAGGCUGAAUUUCGGGGAGGCCGACCUGGCCUGCCGUCGUGACGGCGGCCAGCUCCUCAGCGUGGAAUCGGAGUCGGAGCAGAAAAUCAUCGAGCAGCUCAUAACGGAUCUGAGACCGACCGACGGAGACUUCUGGAUCGGGCUGCGGCGUAACCAUGGAGAUGAAGACAGCAGUAGUAGUAGCGAAUGCUCAUCGCAGUAUCGCUGGCUGGAUGGUACAAAGUCUACAUUUAGGAACUGGCACUGGGAUGAGCCGUCCUGCGGCUACGAGGUUUGCGUGGUGAUGUAUCAUCAGCCGUCCGCUCCACCAGGACUGGGAGGUCUUUACAUGUUCCAAUGGAACGACGACAACUGUGACACCAAACACAACUUCAUCUGCAAAUACACAGCAGAAAACUCAGCUGAUUCAUCUCCUGCAAACUCCACACAUGCAGACAUCGUUCCCUCAUCUGUCCCAUGGAAUCCAAGUGACCACAACGCAAAGAGGAGCACAGCCCUGAAUGUGAUCUACAUCAUCAUCCCCACCAUUCCGCUCAUUCUGCUGCUGCUAACAGUGACAGGCGUCUGCUGCUUCAAAACGAUCGUUGCACGACGAACGAAAGAGAAAAAGUCAGAGGUACCCAAGACAGAGCCUAGCGCUCGGCUCAGCCCCACCCCGACUGACGUCUACAAUGUGAUUCGCUCCCAGAAGGAGGACGACUUGAUGUCGGGUCGCCCCCACACUAAAAACACAUCCUUUCUAUGCUCGUCCCCGGACACCCCCACGGGGGAUUACGACAACCUGGGGGGCCGCGACACCGAGAGCGGUUUUGUGACUCUGGCCAGCAACGAUAGCUGCUUUCUUAAUUUUGACCUCAAUGACCUCAGCUUGGGUCGUCGGGGUACGCGUGACCUCUACAACAGCAGUUUAGGCCGCCCGGCGAAGAGAGACGCGAUCGAUGGGAGUCUAGCUCGACCCGGACAGUUUUACGACCGCAGUCUGGGCCGCCGUACCACUAAGAGCGAGCAUUUCGGUAGCGCCGGCGCCUACGGGGACCACGAGUUGUUCGAUGACAUCCUGGCGGCUAAGAGGGAACUCUACGAACCCAAAGUGACGCCCAAAGCAGAUUUGUAUCAGACCUACAGCAACAACGGCAAUGGGGAUUCUUACCAAUGCAUCCUGGGAACGUACGGGAGCCGUAAAUCAUACCAGGCUACAUUGGAGAACUACAGAAGUGGUCUGAAUCUCGACGGAGGGAGAAGAUAUUUAAAUCAACAGCAAUGGCUCGACAGUGGGAAGUACUGAUGUGUGCGUAAUAAUGUUGUCGUCUGAUGUUAUGUAGAAUGAACUGAGCAUGGUGCAUUUGGUUUCUGGUAAUGAAUUUUCUUUAAUAAAAAAAAAGUCUGCAUGACUUUUGCAUGAC